AUGGAGAUAAUGGAAGAUGGAAAUCUUUUGGAUCGGGUGCGGAUUUUACUCCAACGGGACAUGCAAUAUUACGAGGAGCAACAGACUGUACUGAGAGAGCCGCUUUGCGUUCGAGUGUCCGGCGGGCAGUUCGAUUUUCCGCGUCACGCGUCCUUCGCCGCCGUGAAGAUGGUCAUGUGGUGGGAAGCCGAGUUCGAGCUGGUCUUCGUAGAGUCGUCGGGCCUCAGUCCACCGAAAAAGGAUCAGCAGGACUCCGGAGAACUCGGCGACGACGAUCUCGAGCCCGUCGUGAAAAAAGUUCAACCCGAUGAAAUAAUCAGCCUCAUCAUCGAGACCGCCGAGCAACUUCUCGAGCAUCUGCACAAGCUCGUACAAGAGUCCUUGGAUCACGCCGAUCUGACCGUGCUUACGGCCACCCUCGGCGCGGCGGCCCUCAUCCGCAACACCAUCUGGCUCUAUCACAAGGCUGCCAAACCCCAAAUUUCCGAAGAAGUGAGCGAGCAGCUGUGGAAGCAGUACGAGAUUUUCAGCGAAAUGGUCGAAACGAUUGCCGACCGCCUGUUGGAUCUGCAUAAACGCCUCAUAAGCUUGUACAUCCUGAACGAGGCAGAGUCGCUCGGAUGGGACGACGAGGAGCCAUUUUUUGAGAAGAAAAGGUGUUCCUUCAUCUAUCAAAUGUGGUGGCUCUACAUGAAAGGUACUAAAACGGAUUUGUGGAAUACAGUCUCACCAAAAACUGCCCAACGCAUCUUUUCCGGUAUGCUGAACGAAUCGUUGACCAUCAUCGUCACGCGUUAUUUAGAUGCUAGGCCAAGUCUCGAACGCUCGAUGCAAUUCUGGGCCGACGGAUUGAACGUGCUGAGCUGCUCGGCCUAUCUGGCGCUGCACUGCUGCGUGUCCGGUGACGAAAUGAUCGGCGUCAAGCUCAAGCGACUGUCGAUUUUCGCAAGGGACAUACAGGCCAAGUGCGGACACUUGCUUGUUUGCUUUCUGCUGCGAGGCGCUCCGCUUCGAGUGCUCUUUCAGGUGUUUCGCAACGGCAUAGACGACUUGGCCAUUUGCAAUCCAAGAGGCGGAGGACCAGCCCCGUGGCUCUACGUAGCGGCCCCGCACAUCUUCGGUGGCUCGAGAUCGGACAUUUACAAAAAAAUCGACGACAAGCAGGCGGUCAUCGUCGAGCUUAAUGUGCUCAAAGCCCAACCCCAGCCCCAAUGGGGUCAAGUAAUCCAAGUAUUGGAUACGGCUGAAAGCGUAGUGGGUCGCUUGCUAAUGUCCAUUCUAAUUCGGCAAUGCAUUGGCUUCACCGAGAUCGAAACGAGCGAGCCGUUGAAAUUGCGGGAAACGAAGAAGCACGGCAAAGACGCCGACGAAAAGGAGCCCGAUACGUGCGGAGGUUUUCUAUGCCACGGCGGCACAUGCACGAGGGAGCUGCGUCUCACUGCUCCGAUGGGCCUCUACGCGCUCACUUACAUACUGAUAGAGGCUAAUUUCGAGCCGACCAAUGUUUUCAUACCAGCUGUUAAAGAGGAUCCUAACUGGUCCAAUUACGUUGACAAAUAUCAGGUGUGGAAUCAAUCGAGACCUCCUUGGCUCAAUGCACUCAUCGUUAAUAUAUUACCAGCAAUCAAACCUAUCACCACUGCUGUACUCGAUUCGUCAAAGACAGGCGCAAGCAUGUAUCAAAUGAUGUCGUCGGUACUGGAUCUUUUCGAAGAAAUUUUUGAAUGCAUCCCCAUUGGAAUUUUCCGAAUAGCCAUCGCCAUGGACGAGAACAUUCCAGCUCACUGUCGACCAAUCGGAAAUUCCGUGAUUCUCCAGAUACUGUGUGCAGCUUUGUACACGUCGCUUUUGGAAGAGAGUAAAAAAUAUCCAUUACAUCCUCCGAAUUAUGACUCCAAACAACCGCAAGAACAAUCUAAUGAUGCGAAACCAUUAGAUCCUCAAGAUCGUGGAGCGAUGGCUCUAGCCAUAGCCGAAGGUCUAUGCGCUAUCGACGAAGCAGACCGACACACUGCCCAAAUAAAAAGUUUUGUGGAAAAUGUGCGCAAAACAAUCAAGGAAAACGCCGAAAACGACCACUGGAGGGGUUCGGAAAAGACUCGGGCUUUCGGCAACAUCAGAGGCGAUUUGGUAUUGUGUUCGGACAUCGGAAAACGAGCAAUGAGAAUUGCGUACGAGUACUUGUUGCGCACGUCGGAUCAUUUAUUGAAAAUUCUCAAAGGCCAAAAGGUUUCGGACGCAAAAAUCUCGGCACUUCAUCCUGUCAAAGUUCCGCCGUUGACCCACACCAUGUUCCACAUCGGCGAUGAGUUUCCCUUCGAUCGAUUGCUUCACAAUUACGACUCGUUACCCUGGGAAUUGAUGUUCAAAAUACCUCUUGGGAUAGACACCGAUCGUGUAAGACAGGAAGUACUCUGCAGAACCGAAUUGAUUGUAGAAAAAUCUAAACUGCCGAAGCACGAGCGAGAAGCUGCUAGUUAUCUCAAACAAAUUUGCACUCCUGAAAAGAGAACAAUUUUUGAUACCGAUCUGGAAUAG